AUGAGUGGUCUUCAAGUCACGGUGACCCUUACCCCUCUAGGGAGACACUUCCCCCUCCAACGUAACUUCACCCUCUCCAAAUCGAACAGGACUAUCAUGAUCGGGCGCUCAUCAAAGCGUGAGACAAAACUACGCAGUCCAGGUCCAGAGAAUGGAUGGUACGAAUCUCGGGUGAUGUCUCGGGACCAUGCGGAGUUGUUCAUUGAGUCAGGCAAACAGAUUCUCAAGAUCAACGACCUGGAUUCGACACAUGGAACCUGGUUGAAUAAUACCCGGCUGAUCCAUGGAGAAGCGGCAGAUGUAAACAACGGUGACAUUUUACGCUUUGGAGUCGACGUUGAAAAUGGCCAAGAAUCCUUCCCGGCUCUCAUUGUUCGCUGCAUGAUCGACUGGUCGGGCGAGGAGUAUGCAGCUUCCUCUGCCUGGUUUCCAUGGUCCGAUGCUGAUUACACACUCAGAAACACCUCCGAGAUCCAUAUUGACCACGUGAAUCGACUGCAGCCUACUACAGAAACUAAACCUCUAUCCGGCUUGAGACCAGUUUCCUCUACCAACACCUUCCAAGUACCCGAAAGCGACAGCGACGUCGAGGAAAUCACCAAGCUUGACUGGCCAUCUCAGAAGCCUGAAGCCUCCUCCCAUGUGGAUGAAGCGACGGUCUCUCACUUUCCCACGCCGAUAUCGUCUGACACUCAAGAUAUUAAGGCCACAUGGCUCGAUUACCUUGGUACAUCAACUGACCACGCUGACCCAAUCAAGGUGAACGCCAACGAAAAACCUAUCAACCCAGCAUCAAACAUCGCCUAUCCGGGAACUAUCGACCUUGACCCAUCCAUGGAUGUCAGCGAGGAUGGAGAGUCCGACCGAAAAUUUUCUGUUUCGUAUGAUGAUUAUGAGGACAGUAUUGGAUAUGAGUUGGAAGAAGAGAUCGACCGUGAGAUCGCAGAUGCGCUAUGUGAUUCUGAGCUUGAUGAGAAUUCUUCUAAUGCUGAAUAUGACUCCGACGAUGUAUCCAGCGUCUCCGAUGGCUCUGGCAGCUCUGAUGAUGAAUCCUCUUCAGUUGACAAUGGCCGUGAGCAGGAGUAUCUUAACCCCAUCGUUCUGACACCAUCUAAGGCCCUGCCGAAAUGCCCAGAUGUUCCAACUACCAAGAAAGAUUUCUCUACAACCGUGGCAAGCUUCGACAAUGAGAACACUGCUAGAAUGUGGCCUUUCUUGGAUUCAAUCCCUCAUACCCAAACAUCCUACAUGGACUCCGCCAUUCCAACUCCUUGGAAGCGCCCAGCCCCAUUAUCUUUGAAUGGAGGGGACUUUACACGAUCUCGCGGCCCCAUGGACAUCUCCUCUGUUCUGCAUGAUCCUGCACUCUCGUCUGUCUCCUAUCACGAUGGUCCGUUCGCAUCUAUUGAAUUCGCCACAAAGGAAAUCAAGAAUGAACGGAGCCCUCCAUUGCCUCAACUCCCAGUGAAGCGAAAGGCCUCUGAGCUGGAAUCUCAGGCCCAGCCUCUCACACCCAAGUCCGCACCUUCUCAGGUGUCAAAUCUUUCCACCGCUGAGCAGAAAGAGGCUGCUACCGCCAUAUCUUCCGCACUCUCCGAAGCCGAGCCUCCAACCAAAAGAACAAAGUCCUCGCACUCUUCCUCUUCGAACGUGGCUACUUAUACCGCAACUGCUGUGAUCAGUGCCCUCUUAGGUGGUCUAGGAACAAUUGCUCUUCUGGCUGCACUACCUGCGGAAUACUUCCAGUGA